CAGAUCCACAGCCAUCAGGGAAAACUUGGCCACUUUUCACUGAGAUUUAUAUCCGAAGAUGUGUCAGCCUGCCUGAGCUUUCAACUUUCAGCUGAAGACUUUGAGCAACCUUGCGUUUUUAAUUGGUCUGUUUCAGGUCUGGUUGAAAAAUGGAGCAGGAAGCAGAGAGUAUGGUGGAGCUGAAGACCAAGCAGCAAUCAGAAACUCUGCUCUACACCUACUUUCAGGGAGACAUCAACAGCAAGGUGGAUGAACAUUUCUCUCGAGCACUGAGAAAACUCACCAAACCAAAGGGAGACAACAGUAAGAACAAGAGAACCCGCAGAUCUGCCAAAACCGAGCAGCCAAGCUCCAGCAGCUGGGAUGUGUCUUCAACCCCACACAUCGAAUCUUCUUUUGCCUCACGACGGAUUCAGCUUGGCAGACACGAACUGCAACAAACGAACCCUCGUCUGCCACCGAUUUCUCCUGCAGAGAAGUCCACCAUAUGGCCUGGUGGUCCCCGGCAGGGUGCCAGCUUGGUGCUGCCUCCCAUGGUGUAUCCCUCUGCUGUGUCUGCUGAUGGUUUGGUGGUGCCUGACCAACAGUACAGUAAUUCCCUUUUACACCUGCUCCACAGUGACCGCCCUGAUCUGGGCACCAUUGUGGUCGGCUCCUCUAAACAGGAGUUUAUGUCAGGCUGGACAAGACAUCCAGGAAUUGAAGAUCAGAUGAUGCCCCAUCACAGCCUUGACUCCGGUAUGCAGAUGAUGGAGAAGAAUGAUUUGUAUUGGUAUUAGUGGAGGACUGUUGCUGUUUUCUUAGAGCUGUUGAAAAGACACUGCCUCUCAAGAACAAGGAAGUGCUGCCUCUCUUUUAGUUUUUACCGAUUUAAUGAAUUCAGAACCCUGCAAUGCUUCACUUGGGAGCUCCUACGCAUGUUGAAAAAAUACAUGUGUAGACUAACCUGUUUAGGAACUGGCUCAUCACGUACUACUACAGCACUGCGAGUUAUAAAGGACAUCCCUCAGGCUAUGUGAGGGAAACUGGAGGACGGUGUGUAGCUCUUCAGUGUGGAUGUAGGCAGCACAUUUCAAAAGACUUCCACAACAGCGAGCAGAAACCUCAACAGUGCGACAAUUCAUGGAACCUAUCUCAGAGAUAUUUACUUGUUAGGCUUUCAGUUAGACCCAAUCACAAUAUAUUUGCAAAUUAAAGCACCUUAGAAGUAUUCAGUGUGUCUAAUUCAAUGUCUAAUAUUUCUCAUUAUGAGAUCUUAUCGUAUAUAAUAGUGAAAAGUAAAAUUUUAACAAGCAUUGAAUUUCAAAAACUUUUCAGUAAAGUACAAAUCUUCCCAAACAACACUAAAGUUCUAGUAACAAAGCAUGAUUACACACAGUACAGUAUUUUCCACCUCAGUAAAUG